GGGGGUAGGUCUCCGCGGUUUUGUACACAGUCGAGCGCGUCGGGGCGCGUGCGGAAGCCGUUUGGCCUUUCUCUGGGCCGCGCGGCGGGUGGCCCCCGGCUAUGGCUGCUGGCGAGGGGGGCGACGAAGAGGUGCGAGUGCUGCAGACUCUCCGCGGAAAGAUUUGUCAAGCCAAAAACUUAGUGCCAUAUCCAGGACCAAAUAAAAUGAGAGACUGCUUUUGUACAAUCAAUCUGGAUCAAGAAGAGGUAUUUCGUACUCAAGUGGUAGAGAAGUCUUUAAGUCCAUUUUUUGGAGAAGAGUUUUACUUUGAAAUACCAAGGAUAUUCCAGUAUUUAUCGUUCUAUAUUUAUGACAAAAAUGUUCUACAGAGGGACCUGCGUAUAGGUAAAAUAGCUAUCAAAAAAGAAGAUUUGAGCAUAUAUUCUGGCAAGGAAACAUGGUUUAUACUUCAACCAGUUGAUUCUAACUCAGAAGUUCAGGGAAAAGUACAUCUCGAAUUAAAACUAAAUGAACUGAUUACAGAUAAUGGAUCUGUGUGCCAGCAGCUAGUAGUACACUUGAAGGAAUGUCAUGGGCUGCCUCUUAUAAAUGGGCAAAAUUGUGACCCUUAUGCCACAGUAUCUGUUGUUGGUCCUUCAAGGAAUGAUCAAAAGAAGACGAAGGUAAAGAAGAAAACAAGCAAUCCACAAUUUAAUGAAACAUUUUAUUUUGAGGUAACUAGGUCCAGUAGUUACACCAAGAAGUCACAGUUUCAGGUAGAAGAAGAAGACAUUGAGAAGCUGGAAGUCAGGAUUGACUUAUGGAACAAUGGCAACUUGGUGCAAGACCUUUUCCUAGGAGAAAUUAAGAUUCCUGUCAAAACAUUAGGAAGUGAUACUUUCCAAGCAUGGUACCUCCUACAACCAAAAGAUAAUGGAAAUAAAUCUACUAAAAGUGAAGAUCAUGGAUCCCUUAGGCUGAAUAUAUAUUAUGCUGAAGACUAUGUACUUCCAUCAGAGUACUAUGGGUCUCUUAGAGACUUGCUGCUGAAAUCAUCAGAAGUGGAGCCAAUUUCUGCAUCAGCUGCUUACAUCUUGGCUGAAGUGUGUCGAGAUAAAUAUGAUAGUAUUUUGCCACUUGUAAGAUUGUUGCUGCAUCAUCAUACACUAGUACAGUUUGUUACUGCAGUGGCAGAAUUAGAACUGAAGGAAACCCAAGAAGUAAAUACAAUCUUCAGAGGAAACUCUUUAGCUACUCGAUGUGUAGAUGACAUGAUGAAAAUAGUGGGAAAGCACUACUUGAAAGUUACUUUAAAACCAGUUCUAGAUGAGGUAUGAUAAAUGUAUGUGUUGAAAUGAUAUGUAUUAGGAAUAAUGGAAAGAUCCCUACUGCCAGAAGUUCAUGCUGGUACUACAGAUGUCAGUUGUUUUCAGCUUUGUGCCAGGUCUGAAAUGUCUGUAUUGCUGUCUUGAGACUGCAUGAACUAUUCCAGCUGUGAUUAUGCCAGCAUCCUGCAAGACAUUUCAGUAUGCUAUGUAAGAAUGCCAAUCACUUUGCAAAAUGUUUGAAAAUUGUUUAAUAGAUUGUUUAAUCUAUUCACCUUAUCUGCAUAUAUUUAUGUGGACUGCUUACAAAAGACUGAGAACUUCAUACUAGACUCUAGCACGCAGUACUAUUUCAUUCACCAUUAUCUUCCCUUUUCAGUAGCUUUCUUCAGCUUGGCUGGUCUUAGAUUUGAAAUUGAAUCUUCAGUACCCAAACAAAAAGAAUAUUUAUCCUUACUACUGUCAUUUCAGUGGUCAGAAUUCCAAGGUGUGGGGGACUUACAUUUCAAAACUAUUAAAAAAUGACAAAGAAACACAUCCUAGGAUAUAGUAUUAUGCAUAAAUAUAACAUUUUUGCUACUGCUCAGCCUAGGGUAUUUCCAGUCAUUUGUGGCAUAUCACAGUGGCAACAGAAAAGAAUUAUGCAGUCUUUCUUAUGGCUUCGGCUACUGGGCAGGAAGGGGAUAUGAUUUCCCUCCAUUCUGUAUUGAUUCUAUGUGAAGAUUGGAGUAAAAAAGCAACUUGGCAGCCCAUAUGUACCUGGCUCACAUUUCUGUCUCCGCAAACACAGAUCAGAUUUGAAGACAGAUUUAUCCAUAGUGUAAGAAGAUGAAUAUCUUGAUACAUGCUUAGAUUAAGACCCAGUUCUGUUUUCUUCCCCAUUUUUGAUGAGAUUGGUAUUUUUGGGUGUAUAUGUCUAAAUUGCUAUUAUAACUUUGGCAGAUAGGCAGCCAAACCUGUGGACAAACAAAUCAACAUGUGUUUAUUCCCAGAAAGAAAGGGAUCUAGAUAUACUUUGAAAAGGGUAUAAAAAUAUAUACUCCUGCUAGCUGCUGUGAGGACUUCCUGCCAGUAAUCACCAGUGAUUAAUUCAAUCUGUCUGGCCAUGUGGAAUGGCUUCUGCUAGGCAACUCCAAAACACAGUUUGUCAGAUUCUGUCUUGGUUGAAGUCCACCUGCUCCAGUACUGCAUACUCGGUUUUAUAACCUGACCUCCCUGUUGUGAGAUUUGCCCCGUU